AAAGAUCACCUAGAUAGGGGAGGAGUUGUGCAUAGGUGGGGGAGAGAAGAAGAGAAGGUAGACUCAGAGUGCCUUUCCCUGGAUUGUUUACUGCAUUGUCAACACAGUUGACUUCUCUGGACACAAAGAUGAAAGUCGAGGAAAUCAUACAAAUUCAAAAAUUCUUUUUUAUGCUCUUCAAUGCAUUCUUUGUGAUUUUGGGAGUUAGUAUCUUCGGCUGUGCUGCCUGGAUCUUAUUUGACACAAACAGCUUCAUUGAAGUCAUAAGUUUGGAUGGCGACGUGAGACUGGUUGCUGCUUGCCUCGCUAUCAUCGGACUCAUGGUGGUUGGGGUGUCAGUUCUUGGCUGUGCUGGGGGUCAGCUGGAGAGCAAAUGUCUGCUUAUGUUUUACAUGGGGUUUCUUAUCGCCAUCGCACUUGGUCAGAUUUUUAUGACGUUCAUCCUUUUGGUGCAGAGAAAAAAAAUUGAACGGUUUCUUGUCAACCAAGUUGAUAAGACCAUAGAGCAGUAUGGAGGAAAUGAAACUGAUAACCAAGUCACAUGGACAUUGCUGGACAAGGUACAACGCUCUGAAAAAUGUUGUGGCAGACAGAACUCAGCUGACUGGGGGCAGAAUGCGUACAUUCAAUCCCUUAGCAGGGAUGACGUCUACCCCUGUUCGUGCUUCAACAGAAGCAUGCCCUGUCCCCCAUACCUGACCGUGAAUGGAACUGAGAUACACCGAUUCGGGAUGGGCAAUGAUACUUAUACAGGGGGAUGCCAGGCCCGUCUCACUAGCUGGCUGGAAGAGAAUAUAGCUGUGAUCAUUGGCAUGGAUGUUGGACUGCUUAUCGUACAGGUCCUGCAGUUUACCUUUGUAGUGUUCAUAUACCAAAACAUUGGUCGUAAAAUGAGGCAGAAGGAUUCCACAAACCUGAUUGGCUCCAUGGAGGUGGACCCUCAGACUGAGACUGUGUACCAGGAUGGCAAUCCAGAUUAUGAUGACCAAGAUUACCAACAGCAAGAUUACCAACAGCAGCAGUACAAUCAGCAAAAUAACCAACAACAGCAGUAUAAUCAGCAAGAUUACCAACAACAUCAGUACUUUUAGCAAGAUUACCAACAGCAGCAGUACAAUCAGCAAGAUUACAAACAACAUCAGUACUUUUAGCAAGAUUACCAACAGCAGCUGUACAAUCAGAAGGAUUACCAACAGCAGCAGUACAAUCAGCAAGAUUACCAACAGCAGCAGUACAAUCAACAAGAUUACCAACAGCAGCAGUACAAUCAGCAAGAUUACCAACAGCAGCAGUACAAUCAUCAACAGUAAAACCAGCAAGAUUAUGAACAGCAACAGUACUAUUCACCAGAUUACUCUGCAAGAUAACAGACAUCGGUAUCAUGAUCUUCACUGAACACUGUUACAUUUUUGGGGGAUUUCUCUCACUCUCUCACACACACACACAGGCAGCAGAUUAAUCCAAAUGAUGUCCUCAAUGUCAAUCACUACAGCAUAUAUACAGGAGUGGUUUUAUUGUACAAAAAACAGGGUAAACAAGCUUCACAAUACAAGUAUGGCAGAUAAA